CGAAGGAUGCCAUUUGGGCUAUGUAAUGCUCCAGCCACUUUCUAAAGAUGCAUGAUGUCUAUUUUCUCUGAUCUUAUAGAAGAUGUUGUGGAGGUGUUUAUGGAUGAUUUCUCUGUCUACGGAUCUUCGUUUUCUGCUUGUUUGUCAAAUCUUAGCAGGGUCCUCAAGAGAUGUGAAGAGACCAACCUUGUGCUGAACUGGGAGAAGUGUCACUUCAUGGUAAAGGAAGGGAUUGUGCUUGGACACAAGAUUUCAGAGAGGGGGAUUGAGGUAGACAAGGCCAAGAUUGAAGUGAUGGUUGGGUUAGCUGCACCAAAGACAGUUAAAGAUAUUAGAAGCUUCCUUGGUCAUGCUGGAUUCUAUAGAAGAUUCAUCCAAGACUUCUCGAUGAUAGCAAGGCCAAUGACUAAGCUUCUAUGCAAGGAGGCUGCAUUCGUUUUUGAUUGGGAAUGUCUACAAGCCUUCAAGAUGUUGAAGGAGAAGCUGGUUAGUGCCCCCAUUGUGCAGCCACCAGAUUGGGAUCUCCCCUUUGAGAUCAUGUGUGAUGCUAGUGACUAUGCUGUAGGAGCUGUUCUUGGUCAAAAGUUUAGACAAUUCAUCUUCAUUAAGCUCACUACUCACUAUGACAGGGUAAGUCUCAUUAGGGCCAAGGAAAGCAUACCUUACACCAUGGGGAAGAGGUUUAAGCUCCACUUUUGGUGCUUUGAGUUCACUCCAAUCAUCCUCUUGGAGGUUCUCUUGUUGAGUAGCUGAGCAAACAUGGUGAUCCUCAUAUGAAAGCUCCUCAUUCUGUUCUUCAUCACUAAUCUCC